UUACUUUUCUUUUCUGAAGACAUUAAGGUUACUUAGUCUAAUUUAAAUCAGCAUGGCCAUGUCUAUCCUCACCCAUGUUUCGGCUGGCUUGUUUGGCAUGGGGUCCUGGGUCACCAUCUGUGGUCUGUGGGUAGAGCUGCCUCUCAUCGCCACAGGUUGAUAUCUUCCCUCCUACAUCUCCGUUAUUGUCCAACUGGCCAACAUCAGACCUCUGUUUGUCACGUUAAUGCACCGCUUCUGCCCAGGAACGCUCAACGAGACUGCAGUUGUCCAUUUUAUUGUUGGUUUUAGGAUACUGGCAAGCCUUUUCCUGGCUUUCUUCUGGAGUGAGACGGAAGUGGUACAAGACAUAGAACGCAGCAUUCCUCUGCUGCUACUCCUCAUCUUCUUCAUCUCAUUAGUGGACUGCACCUCUUCAGUGACAUUCCUUCCCUUCAUGACACAGCAAGGCCUGAGUGGUCUUGUCCCAGCGUUAGUGGUGUUGGUUCAAGGUGUAGGUGUGAUGGAAUGUGUCAAUGCAUCUCAAAUCCUCAGCGCCAAUGAAACACAUCUUAACGGGUCUGAAAGAGACACUACCAACCUUGUGCCUCAUUACCAACCUGCUAACUUUUCAGUUGAAGCUUAUUUUUUCUUCCUGGAGGCUAUGAUGGUAAUUUGUUUGGUGUUGUUCUUACUUUUGAACUACCAUACAGCUGUGGCCAGAGAGCAUCACAAUAGCAUAAAUGGAAACGAAGAUCCCAUAUCCCACUGGAAAAACAAGAAAUCUGAACAGAAACAAAUGAUGUGUUAUCAAUAG